AUGCCACAAGCAUUGUUUGAUGACAUUAUCUCCCGUGUUCUAGCGUUGAGUUCUUAUGUAAGAAGUCGAUUUAUCCGCUUUUUUGAGGAUCUUAUUUACAGAGAUGUUAGUAGAUUCUCAGGAGAUUUUGUGACUUGUCGAAAUCCAGAAUCUGUUAAUGGGAAAUCUGUCUCAGUUGGCUGUACAUCAUCUUCAACGUCAAGGAAUCUUGGUACAAAUCAUGAUAGAAGACAUACCUCAUGUCUUGAAGAUCAUUCACCUGUUGCGUUGGAACUCACAGGAUUCUUUGUGAAAUCCGCUUUGUUUUUAGCAUUGGCUCCCUACCGAAUCUCUUCUCAAUGUGUUAAACAUACACAAAUUCGUGUGGAAACUAUCCUCUCUCGAGUACAGACUACCUUGAAAGGUUCUUCAACGGAUAUCGGAUGGAUGCAGCGUGAUCCCAAUAUGGAUCCUGUCAAAGAUGGUUCUGGUAGAUUCUUAGAAUUGUUAUAUUCUAUAAGGAAUGGAGAGCACAAGCUGCCUGACUCAUACGUGUAUUUAUUGAUACCAGGAUUAUUUAGCAACCAUGGUCCCUUAUACUUUGUCAGCACCAAGAAGUUCUUUUCACGGAUGGGCUUAGCUUGCCAUAUAGCAAAAAUCCACAGUGAGGCAUCAGUGGAGUACAAUUCGUGGGUGUUGAAACAAUAUAUAGAAGAGAUCUAUUGGGGCUCAGGGAAACGUGUGAUGUUGCUUGGUCAUAGCAAGGGUGGAGUGGAUGCUGCUGCUGCAUUAUCGCUCUAUUGGUGUGAUUUGAAAGGUAAAGUUGCAGGUUUAGCACUGGUGCAGAGCCCUUAUGGUGGAACCCCAGUUGCCUCUGAUAUGAUGCGUGAAGGCCAGAUUGCUGAUAAAGAGACCAGGAGGAUCAUGGAACUCAUAGUCUGCAAGAUUAUCAAGGGUGACAUAAGAUCUCUUGAAGAUCUAACGUAUGAGAAGAGAAAGCAAUUCCUCAGCCAACACAAACUCCCAAAAGGAAUUCCACUCAUUUCGUUUCGCUCAGAAGCCAAUGUGGGACCCGGGGUCAUAUCAAUGAUGUCCCAUAUAGCACACGUGGAGCUUCCUAAGAUUUCCUUCUUAGGACAUGGAUCCCGUGAGUCUGACUACGAGGCAGCACCUAUUGCGAAACAAGUACCAGUGGUGGUUCCUGUCUCAGCUGCAAUGGCUGUGUCGGCUCUCCACUUGCAACUUCGUUAUGGGGAGAAAAGUGAUGGGUUGGUGACUUGUCGUGAUGCAGAGGUCCCUGGCUCGGUUGUGGUUCGUCCCAACCAAAAAAUUGAUCAUGCUUGGAUGGUCUAUUCAUCAUGGAGUACGAAUCAAACUGAAGCUGAUGCUUCCGAGAUGUGUGAAGCUUUGCUAACGAUGCUUGUCGAGCUUGGAAAGGUGAAAAACAACCAUGCUAGUUAGUUUUAUGUUUCCCAGUUUUGGUUUUUCUUUUGCUGUAAGUAUUGUUAAU